UUGCAGAUUUUGUCUCCAGGGUGAUUAGCCUUUGAAAUCCGUUCUCAGGAGAAAGGCAAUGGCAAACCCUAAGGUCUUCUUCGACAUAACCAUCGGAGGUCAGCCCGCCGGCCGCGUAGUCAUGGAGCUCUUCGCGGAUACGACCCCGAAGACCGCUGAGAACUUCCGUGCCCUCUGCACCGGCGAGAAGGGAGUCGGCCGCAGCGGCAAGCCCCUUCACUACAAGGGCUCCAUCUUCCACCGCGUGAUCCCCGACUUCAUGUGCCAGGGCGGCGACUUCACCGCCGGGAACGGAACCGGCGGCGAGUCGAUUUACGGCGCCAAGUUCGAGGACGAGAACUUCGUGAAGAAGCACACCGGGCCGGGAAUCCUGUCCAUGGCCAAUGCCGGACCCGGAACAAACGGAUCACAGUUCUUCAUCUGCACGACCCAGACGUCGUGGCUGGACGGCAAGCACGUGGUGUUCGGUCAGGUGGUGGAAGGCCUGGAUGUGGUGAGGGAGGUGGAGAAGGUGGGGUCAAGGUCCGGGAAGACCUCUAGGCCAGUGGUGAUCGCCGACUGCGGUCAACUGUCUUAGAGAAGCGUGCGACUCUGACUCUAUGGUGGCCCUAAUCUACGCGAUCGUGUAUCUGAUGCGGCGUCGUUUUUCCUCUUUUUAAAACUCUUAGGUUUUACUUCUUGUGAUGGCCCGGUCAUGUGUAAUUUCUUCUCUGGGCUUCCCUUUUUUAUGAUUUCUCCAUGUCACUUGUGAUGAUAAAAUGAGGCCACCAUAAAUAAAGGUGUGAGGAUUAUUGGCAAAA